AUGGGAUCCAACGAUGAGAAAAAGAGUUUGCUGAGGCCUCAUGCGAUCUGCAUCCCAUACCCGGCCCAGAGCCACAUCAAGGCGAGCCUCAAGCUCGCCAAGAUACUCCACCACAGGGGAUUCUUCAUCACAUUCGUCAACACCGAGUUCAACCACAACCGCUUCCUCAACACCAAGGGCCCCCGAGCCCUCGAUGGCCUCCCGGACUUCCGGUUCACCACCAUCCCCGACGGCCUCCCACCGUCGGACCCCGGCUCAACCCAGGACGUGGCCGGGAUGUGCGACUCCAUCAUGAGGUACAUGUUGACGCCGUUCAGGGCUCUCGUCGCGAGGCUGAACGAUCCGGAGGUCGUGAACGGUGACCCGCCGGUGAGCUGCAUAGUGGCGGAUGGGUUGCUGGUUUUUGCGUUGGACGUGGCACGUGAGGUUGGGGUCCCGUCCGUGAGCUACUGGACGUUCCCUGCUUGUGGUUUCAUGGGGUUUAAGCAGUACCGCCCUCUCCGUGACCAAGGCGUUACUCCCUUCAAAGUGAUUUUGUUUUAUGUUGGUGCAGAUGAUAGCUACUUGACGAAUGGAUACCUGAACACACCCAUAGAAGUACCCGGAAUGACGAACAUGCGGCUAAAGGAUCUGCCCAGCUUCAUCCGCACAACCGAUCCCAACGAGCCCAUCUUCCACAACCUAAUGGAAGGAGCCGAGGCAGUCCCCAAAGCCUCCGCUCUCCUCCUCCACACAUACCAAGCCCUCGAAUCUCCCGUCCUCGCGGCCAUCAACUCCAUGUACCCGAACCGCGUCUACUCGGUCGGACCGAUGCAGCUCCUCCUCAACCAAAUCCAACCGACCCACCCGGCCACCGCCCUCGACUCCAUCGGAUACAGCUUGUGGAGCGAGGAGGCAGAGUGCCUCCGCUGGCUCGACACCAAAGCCACGAAUUCCGUCAUCUACGUCAGCUUCGGCAGCAUCACGACGAUGUCGAGGGAUCACCUGAUCGAAUUCGCGAUGGGUUUGGUCGACAGCGAUGUCUCCUUUCUCUGGGUUAUCCGGCCCGACCUCGUUCUGGGCGAAUCGGCGGCUCUUCCGAAGGAAUUCGGGCUAAAGGUGGAGGACCGGUUCGGGUUUAUAUCCGGGUGGUGCCCGCAGGAGGAAGUGUUGAACCAUCCCGCGGUUGGAGGGUUUAUCACCCACUGCGGUUGGGGUUCGAUGAUUGAGAGCUUGACCGCGGGUGUCCCUGUGCUGUGCUGGCCAUUCUUUAGCGACCAGGUGACGAAUUGCCGGUUCGCGUGCGUAGAAUGGGAGGUCGGAAUUGAGAUUGAGCAGGAUGUGAAGAGGGAAAUGGUGGAGGAGAUGGUUAGAGAGCUUAUCAAUGGAGAGAAGGGGGCGAGGUUGAGGAAGAAGGCGGGAGAUUGGGCAAAAUUGGCUCGGGAAGCUACGGGUCCUGGUGGGUCGUCCACUGUGGGUUUGGAUCGGUUGGUUAAUGAAGUUCUUUUGAGGAAGUGA